AUGAAAAAUUGCUCCUUGAUCGUGCGAUUGAUUGGCAUACUACUAGUUUCCUACAUCAUUGUUGGGCCUGUCGAAUCGCUAAAAUUUAAUGAAAACGGAACAACAGUUGCAGGUGGAAAUGGUUAUGGUUCAAAUCUGAAUGAACUUGCUUAUCCAUGGGGACUAUCUGUCGAUAAUGAAAUGAAUGUUUAUGUCGUUGAUCAGAAUAAUCAUCGUGUUGUAAAAUGGCUUCGACAAGCUUUGACGGGCGAACUUUUAUGGAGAAAAAAUUCAACAAAUGGUGAAACGAUCAUGGAUGGAUAUCAUCAAAGAAUUAUGGGAUGUAACGGGUUAUUUGUAGCUGACGACGGUACUGUCUUUUUGUCGGAUACUGACAAUCAUCGAGUAUUGAAGUGGUCAUCACUACAAAACUCAACGAUUGUUGUUGCUGGUGGAAAUGGAGAGGGUAAUGCAUCUAAUCAAUUAGAUUAUCCAAUGGGUAUUUAUGUUGACGAGGACGUUUCUGUUUACAUUGCUGAUCGUUCGAACCAUCGUGUCCAAAAAUGGCGUCGUAACUCAUCUGAAGGUAUUACAGUUGCCGGCGGAAACGGCGAAGGAUCAGAUUUGAAUCAACUCUAUGCUCCCGAAUCGGUUAUUGUCGACAACGACGGAAGUGUGUACAUAGCAGAUCAACUGAAUAAUCGUCUGGUCAAAUGGGAUGUCGGAGCAAAAGAAGGCAUAAUAAUUGCUGGUGGUAACGGUGAGGGAAAGCAGGCAAAUUAA